CAAAUUCAAAUUUAAUGCACCCAUCAGUCUGGAAUCCUUUUGUCAAUACCAGUCAAAAUUUUAAGUGUAUCUGAAAAACUCAAAAAAUGGCCGCUUUCUCAACAGAUUUUUUCAUGGAGAAAGUGUCCGCCAAAAGGGCUACAUUUGAUCGAAAAGUUACAAUUGUUGGGGCUGAUAAAGUGGGGACAGCGUGUGCCAAUGCUCUCCUGAAUAGGAAAGUCGCUUCGGAAAUUUGCAUAGUAGACACACAUCACUCAUCGGUAUUGGCUGAAAUUCUGGACAUACAACAUGGAGCUACUUUUGUGAACAAUGCUAAAGUCACGGGAGGCAAAGAUUACUCUCUUUCAAGUGGUUCGCAAGUCAUUAUAAUUGCGACAGAUGCAACUCACAAGACCCGCGAAUCACGACCAGAUAUUAUACAACGUAACAUUCACGUCAUGAAGGACGUUAUCCCAAAGAUAAUGGCACAUAACAAGAACCCAAUUUUGCUCAUUCUCGGCAGACCUUGCGAAGUGAUGACCUUCCUAGCAUGGAAAGUAUCUGGUUUGCCAAAGAACAGAGUCUUCGGUAUAGGCACCUCCAUAGACACUGCAAGAUUUAGGUAUUUCCUAUCAGAACGACUCGGCGUAGCUCCAACGGAAUGCACGGGGUGGAUAAUUGGUGAAGAAGGUGACCUUAGCAUUCCAGUCUGGUCCAGUUUGAACGUUGGGGGCAUUAGACUGCGUGAUGUCUAUCCAAACAUAGGAAAACAAGACAAGGACAAGGAUAACUGGGCAAGCCUUCAUAAGCAAGUGGUGGAUGUGAGUUAUGAAAUUCUUGAAUCGAAGGGAUAUGCGAAUUGGGGUGUAUCCAUGGCUUGUGCAACCAUCGUUCACGAUAUCUUUAAUAAUACAGGAUGCAUUCGAGCUGUCUGUACUGCGGCCAUGAACCAAUAUGGAAUCGACAAAAACAUUUUCUUAUCCUUUCCCUCUGUGAUUACAUCUGAUGGAGUUACGAACGUUGUCAAGCUUCCUUUGGAUCAGGACGAAGUCGCUAAAAUUCAAGAAGUUGCCAGAAACGUGUAUAAGAAAAUGUGUCAGCUUAAGGUUUAGCAGUAACCAUAUCUAAAGUGAACCAUUGAGUUGCUAGAGCAGAUCUAAAGUAGGAGAUAUACGUUCGACGAAGCAUAAUUUUUUCAAGUAAAUAUUGUUUUACCAAAA